CAGGCCGGGCGCGCGUGCUCGGAGGCCUCCAGGACCCAGCCGGCUGCCAGCUGGUGCCAGCGACCAUGGACGUGAGGUGGCCUCCCAGCUCCCGCCCCCUGCUGGGGGUCUGCACCUUUGUCUCCCUGGCCAGCGCUGCCUUCCUGGGGCACGUCCUGCUCCGAGAUUUCUUGGUGGUCCCCCAAGAGCAGCGUGGCUUCUCCCAAGUACCUGAGGAGCUUUAUCGUGCUCGCCAGCAGGGAUCCAGUGACCCAGGCCCCCAGCCCACCCCAGGGCACCACGGCAGUCCCCGAGCAGCACCCACACAGUGCGAUGUGCCCCCCAACAGCCGCUUCGACUGUGCCCCCGACAAGGCCAUCACCCAGGAGCAGUGUGAGGCCCGGGGCUGUUGCUACCGGCCUGCAAGGCAGUGGCCUCAGGUCCCCCGGAUGGGGCAGCCCUGGUGCUUCUUCCCACCCAGCUACCCGAGUUACAAGCUGGAGAACCUGACCACCACAGAGACAGGCUACACGGCCACCCUGACCCGCAACACCCCAACCUUCUUCCCCAAGGACAUCUUGACCUUACGGCUGGACGUGCUGCUGGAGACGGAGAGCCGGCUUCACUUCACGAUCAAGGAUCCCGCCAACAGGCGCUACGAGGUGCCCCUGGAGACUCCACGUGUCCGCAGCCGGGCCUCGUCCACACUCUACAGCAUGGAGUUCCAGGAAGAGCCUUUUGGGGUGGUCGUGCACCGGAAGCUGGAUGGCCGGGUGCUGCUGAACACGACGGUGGCCCCCCUGUUCUUCGCCGACCAGUUUCUGCAGCUGUCCACCUCCCUGCCGUCCCAGCACAUCACGGGCCUUGCCGAGCAUCUCGGCUCCCUGAUGCUCAGCACCAACUGGACCAAGAUCACCCUCUGGAACCGGGACAUCGCCCCCUCGCCCAACGUGAACCUGUAUGGGUCGCAUCCUUUCUACCUGGUGCUGGAGGAUGGCGGGUCAGCUCACGGGGUCUUCCUGCUGAACAGCAAUGCCAUGGAUGUGGUCCUGCAGCCGAGCCCGGCCCUCAGCUGGAGGUCGACAGGUGGGAUCCUGGACAUGUACAUCUUCCUAGGCCCUGAGCCCAAGAGCGUGGUGCAGCAGUACCUGGAAGUCGUGGGCUACCCGUUCAUGCCGCCGUACUGGGGCCUGGGCUUCCACCUCUGCCGCUGGGGCUACUCCUCCACCGCCAUCACCCGCCAGGUGGUAGAGAACAUGACCAGGGCCCGCUUCCCCCUGGACACGCAGUGGAAUGACCUGGACUACAUGGACGCCAGGAGGGACUUCACCUUCAACAAGGACGGUUUCAGGGACUUCCCGGCCAUGGUGCAGGAUCUCCACCAGGAUGGCCGGCGGUACGUGAUGAUCGUGGACCCUGCCAUCAGCAGCUCCAGCCCCCCCGGCAGCUACCGUCCCUAUGACGAGGGUCUGCGGAGGAGGGUUUUCAUCACCAACGAGACCGGGCAACCUCUGAUUGGGAAGGUGUGGCCCGGAUUCACCGCCUUCCCCGACUUCACCAGCCCCGAGGCCCUGGACUGGUGGCAGGACAUGGUGUCUGAGUUCCACGCCCAGGUGCCCUUCGACGGCAUGUGGAUCGACAUGAACGAGCCCUCCAACUUCGUAAAGGGCUCUGUGGAUGGCUGCCCCGACAACGACCUGGAGAACCCGCCCUACGUGCCAGGGGUGGUUGGCGGGACCCUGCGGGCCGCCACCAUCUGUGCCUCCAGCCGCCAGUUCCUCUCCACGCACUACAACCUGCACAACGUGUACGGCCUGACGGAAGCCCUCGCCUCCCACAGGGCCCUCGUGAGGGCUCGGGGGACGCGCCCCUUUGUGAUCUCCCGCUCAACCUUCGCCGGCCACGGCCGAUACGCCGGCCACUGGACGGGGGAUGUGUGGAGCAGCUGGGAGCAGCUGUCGUACUCCGUGCCAGAAAUCCUGCUGUUCAACCUGCUGGGGGUGCCACUGGUCGGGGCCGACGUCUGUGGCUUCCUGGGCAACACCUCGGAGGAACUGUGUGUCCGCUGGACCCAGCUGGGGGCCUUCUACCCGUUCAUGCGGAAUCACAACGACCUCAAAAGCCUGCCUCAGGAGCCGUACAGGUUCAGCGAGACCGCGCAGGAAGCCAUGCGGAAGGCCCUCAGCCUGCGCUACGCCUUGCUGCCCUACCUGUACCUGCUGUUCCACCGGGCCCACGUCCUGGGCGAGACCGUGGCCCGGCCCCUCUUCCUGGAGUUCCCCGAGGACCCCCGCACCUGGACCGUGGACCAGCAGCUCCUGUGGGGGGCAGCUGUGCUCAUCACCCCCGUGCUUGAGGCUGGGAAGGUCCAAGUGACUGGCUACUUCCCUUCUGGCACAUGGUACAACCUGCAGACAGUGCCAGGAGAGGCCUUCGGCAGCCUCCCACCUCCACCUCGGGCUCCCCUCACGUCUGCCAUCCACAGCAAGGGGCAGUGGGUGACCCUGCCGGCCCCACUGGACACCAUCAACCUCCACCUCCGGGCUGGACACAUCAUCCCCCUGCAGGGCCCUGGCCUCACAACCACGGAGUCCCGGAAGCAGCCCAUGGCCCUGCUCGCAGCCCUGACCACAAACAGGGAGGCCCAAGGGGAGCUAUUCUGGGAUGACGGGGAGAGCCUGGGGGUGCCAGAGCGCGGGGACUACACGAAGGUCAUCUUCCUGGCCAGGAAUAACACCAUCGUGAACGAGCUGGUGCACGUGACUAGCGAGGGCGCCAGCCUGCAGCUGAGGAAGGUGACCAUCCUGGGGGUGGCCGUGGCCCCCAGCCAGGUCCUCUCUAAUGGCGUCCCUGUCUCCAACUUCACCUACAGCCCUGACACCAAGACCCUGGACAUCCCUGUCUCACUGAUGAUGGGAGAGCAGUUUCUCAUCAGUUGGUCGUAACCCGGGGCCAGUGGUGUGUUGAUCCUUUAUGGGAGGAGACGGAUUUCACCGUGGCCCCAGCACCUGCGAACUCUUGGUCAGGACGUGUGGGUGGCCUCAGGGGCAGAAGCCCAUGCCCCAUGUCUCAUGGCCCCGACCUCCCUCGAAUACCCAGAUCUGCAUAUGCGUCUACCUCCUGGGACCCGGGG